AUGCCCCACGCCCAGGCCUGCCCAGGCGCCCAGGACCUCUCAGGAGUCAGGACACUCCCAGGGCCUCUCAGGGGCACUAAACUCGCCCAGUUAGCGCGUGCCAGCGCGUGCCGUUCCUCGCCUUACCCAUACAAAUCAAUCUAUCCAUAGCUUAUGUCAGCUCACUACAACAGUCCAACGACUCUUUGGCCUACCCAAGCUCAAGGCCAGUGGGCGAUCAGGAAGGAGGGGACAGGACGAUCGAGAUUUUUACCGGGAUGGUCUUGGAAAUGAUCAGCGGCGGGAGGUGGAGGAUGCAGAUGUCGGGGACGAGGAUGGAGAGCGUCUAG